UUCCAUGUGCCUUUGUUUUUCCAUCUCCUCCUAUAAUACUCUCCUUUCUUACAAUCCUUCCCCAAACAAUUCAAAAUAACAAAACUUUAAGCCACCCCAAUUGAACAUUUCCCCCUUAAUUCUUCUCAUAUCAAGAACCAAAAUGGCUCUAAAGAAAUCAAGCAAACACUUUACUCAAACUGCAGCCUUCAAACAAAUUAUGAAAAGGUGUUCAAGCUUUGGAAAGAAUGAGAAUGGAUACCCUGAAGAUGUCCCAAAAGGCCAUUUUGUAGUAUAUGUGGGUGAAAAUAGAAGCAGAUAUAUAAUUCCCAUUUCUUGGUUGAUACAUCCUGAAUUUCAAAGUUUGCUUCAAAGGGCUGAAGAAGAAUUUGGAUUUAAUCAUGAUACGGGACUUACUAUCCCUUGUGAUGAAGAAGAUUUUUGCUCCCUAAUAUCAAUGUUCAGAUAAAAAAAUUGAAGGACUUGAGUUGAUGAUCUUUUCUUAUAAAUUUUUUUACUUGGAAAUUAUCAGUGAGCCACCACUAAAGAGAUGAAAAGUAAGACUGUGUACAAAAGAUCUAAUAUAGUCCAACUCUUCUCUGGAGUCUGGAUUAUACGCACGACACCAGUUUAGUGUGUUGGGCUGUCCUUCAUUGGUCAGACACGAAAGAUAUGACAAUGGCAUCAAGUGAAUAGUUAACUAAUCAGGAAGAAACCCCAUCUAAUUAUUUAGGGGUGAGUUUGCACAAUCACAUGUACUUAAUAUUUUGAUCAGCGAUUCAGCGGUGUUAAAUUUGCGCCCGUUUAAAAAUUCUUGGUAUUGCUGUUCAUGAGAUAAAAAGAGAUAUUUCACCAUUAUUAUUUAUGCAAGUAUGCAACUGCCCGUUUGUGUUA